GAAUGGGGGAAGAGGACCGUUGACCUCUUCUUUGGGAUUUCCUCCUCCAAUUUUUGGAUCCAAAAUUCUGCAAGUACUCAAGCAUCAUGAGAACAAGGAGAGUAUUUGGGAUUUCUCUUUCCCUGAUCAUCAUCAACAUGGCAGCUAUAAUGGAGCGUGCUGACGAAAAUCUCCUACCAGCUGUAUACAAAGAAGUCAGUGAAACAUUUAAGGCUGGUCCAUCUGAUCUUGGUUAUCUCACAUUCAUAAGGAAUUUCGUCCAGGGGAUUGCAUCGCCAGUGGCAGGUAUUUUAGUUAUAAACUAUGACCGUCCCACUGUUCUUGCAAUCGGUAUCCUGUUCUGGUCCCUAUCAACUGGUGCAGUCAGCGCUAGUAACUAUUUUAUGCAGGUUGGAUUUUGGAGGGCCGUAAAUGGAUUUGGACUCGCUAUUGUGAUACCUGCACUCCAGUCAUUUAUAGCAGAUAGCUAUAUGGAUGAGUCUAGAGGAACUGGAUUUGGAUUUCUUAGUCUUGUUGGAACUGUCGGUGGGAUAGGAGGUGGAGCUAUUGCUACUGUUAUGGCUGGUUAUAAAUUCUGGGGCAUUCCUGGAUGGCGCUUUGCAUUCGUCAUGAUGGCAACUUUCAGUAUUUUUAUUGCAUUUCUUGUCUUUACAUUUGUUGUUGAUCCAAGAAAAAGAGCCAACAUAGAGCAUGAUAAUACGAAAAACAGUAAUGACAGGGAGGGAUUGAUAGAGAAGGGAAAUACCAAUUCAAUGUCGAUUUGGAUGGAGUCAUGGACAGCAAUGAAAGCUGUCAUGAAAGUGAAAACGUUUCAGUUCAUUGUUUUGCAAGGUUUGGUUGGGUCCUUACCGUGGACAGCCAUGGUUUUUUUUACGUUGUGGUUUGAAUUAAUUGGUUUUGAUCACAACAGUGCAGCAGCACUAGUCAGUCUAUUUGCUGCAGGAUGUGCGAUAGGAUCCUUUUUUGGUGGCGUAGUUGCAGAUAGAAUAUCUCACACGUACCCUCAUUCAGGGCGUAUCAUGUGUGCGCAAUUUAGUGCUUUUAUGGGCAUCCCAUUCUCAUGGUUCCUUCUUCGAAUUGUCCCCCAGUCUGUGAGUAGCUACUACACAUUUGCUGUGACAUUAUUCCUGAUGGGGCUAACAAUCAGCUGGAAUUCUACUGCUUCAAAUGGCCCCAUGUUUGCAGAAGUUGUGCCUUCAAAACACAGGACCAUGAUUUAUGCAUUUGAUCGCGCCUUUGAGGUCUCAUUUUCAUCCUUUGCAGCGCCAGUUGUAGGAAUUCUCGCGGAGAAACUAUAUGGUUAUGAUACCAAGUCUGUUGAUCCAGUGUUAGGAUCUGCAAAAGAGGCCUUAGCAUUGUCAAAAGGCCUCUUUUCAAUGAUGGCCCUGCCUUUCGGCUUGUGUAGUUUAUUUUAUACACCCUUGUAUUGGACAUUCAAGCAGGACCGAGAGAAUGCAAGAAUAGCCAGCAUAAAAGAAACAGAGAUGAUAUGAC